UGUCGUGCAUGCAUCUUAAUGCGUUUCCUCUGCUCUCUUCAUCUCUCUCUCCUCUGCUCUUUGCAUGCUCUCUCUCCCUCUAUCCUCUCCUUCUCUCUCUCCCUAUCUAUCUCACCCAUAAUUUUAAUUUCACAUCGAAAAAUUAAAAGAAAAAAACAACUAAAAAAAACAAAAAAUUCACCAAGAAAAAAACCUCGUUACCUCCUUCCACUUCGCCGUCACAGACUCUCACAGUCCCGUCUCUCUUCUUCUUCUUCUCGCCGGUUUUAGGACUUUCCGAUUUGGAUUUGGGGGAAAGUCUUGGGUAGCUGAGGGAUGUUUGAAGUCAAAAUGGGGUCAAAGGUGUGCAUGAACGCGUCUUGCGGCUCGAGCUCUAGUGUCGAAUGGAAGAAAGGUUGGCCUCUUCGAUCUGGUGCUCUCGCUGACCUCUGCUUUCGCUGCGGAUCGGCUUAUGAGACGUCUCGUUUCUGCGAAACAUUCCAUUUGGAGCAAUCUGGUUGGAGGGAAUGCUAUUUGUGCAACAAGAGACUUCACUGUGGAUGCAUUGCCUCUAAGCUCAUGGUUGAGUUUAUGGACUACGGUGGUGUUGGUUGUACUUCCUGUACUAAUUGCCAUAGUAAGAGAGGUGAGAAUCCAGGUGUAUUUAGCAGAUUGCCUAUGAAUAAUACGCAACAUACAAACGGGGAAAGUGGAGUAAGAAGCGAGGCUAAUCACUUUUCUCAGCCACCAGUCCCUGUGGAUGACAAAAAAGAAGAGUUCAAGCCUCACCUUGGGUUUAGUAAUCUCAUGAAACCAGAUAACAACGUCACCACCAACACCACCACCACUGGGUAUAGGCAUGAGUCAUCAUCAUCAUCACCAUCCCCUUCACAGCCAUCUUUGAAUAUGGCUUUGGCUACACUUCCUUAUAGCCCAUCUUUUGCAACCCCUGUUGCUGACGGGAAGAAACUCAUGGGUGGUGGUGGUGGUGCUUCUUCUCAGCCCCACCUUUUCCAAUGCUCUGCGUCUAGUAUACUGCAAAAACCUUCAAAAAUUUUGCUUGGACCUCCUCCUCCUGGGACUAGCAAAUCUGCUCAGGCACGGAUCGGGAGGCCUCCUGUUGAAGGGCGUGGGAAAGGCCAUUUACUUCCUCGGUAUUGGCCUAAAUAUACUGAUAAAGAGCUUCAGCAGAUCUCUGGAAAUUUGAAUUUGAACAUUGUACCUCUUUUUGAGAAAACUCUGAGUGCCAGUGAUGCCGGUCGCAUUGGUCGUCUAGUUCUUCCAAAAGCAUGUGCAGAGGCAUACUUUCCUCCCAUUAGUCAGUCGGAAGGCAUUCCUUUAAAAGUCCAAGAUGUGAGAGGUAAGGAGUGGACGUUCCAGUUCAGAUUCUGGCCCAAUAACAACAGUAGAAUGUAUGUCUUGGAAGGUGUCACUCCCUGCAUACAGUCCAUGAGGCUUCAGGCUGGUGAUACAGUAACUUUCAGUCGGGUUGAUCCUGGUGGGAAACUAAUCAUGGGUGCCAGGAAGGCAACUUAUACUGCAGACAUGCAGGGUUGUGGUUUCGCCAACGGUGUCUCAAACGAAGACACAUCAUCCUCUGGUGUUACAGAGAAUCCUACCUCCAUUAAUGCUACCUCUUGUCCGUCACAAAUACUUGAAGAACUGAAAGGUCUUCCUGAGCAUUUGAGCUCACCUAACGGUGGUAACGGCUCGAAGAAGAGUGAGAUUAAUGGAGGUGAUGAUCAGUCACGUGUUAAGGAAAAGAAGAGGACAAGAACUAUGGGGGCGAAAAACAAGAGACUGCUUUUGCAUAGUGAAGAAUCUAUGGAGCUGAGAGUCACUUGGGAAGAAGCUCAGGAGUUGCUUCGUCCCUCUCCUAAUGCAAAGCCCACCAUUGUUGUCAUUGACGAGCAUGAGUUUGAGGAGUUUGACGAACCUCCUGUCUUUGGAAAGAGGACGAUACUAACUUCAAAUCCUUCAGGUGAACAAGAACGAUGGGGAUCUUGCGACGACUGUUCUAAAUGGAGAAGGUUACCUGUAGACGCUCUUCUCCCAGCAAAGUGGACAUGUUCAGACAAUGUUUGGGACCAGAGCAGGUGUUCGUGUUCUGCACCGGAGGAGAGUCUAAAAGAACUUGAGAAUGGUCUUAGAGCUGGAAAAGAGUACAAGAAGAGAAGAAUUGGGGUGAGCCAGACAGCAAGGAAUGAGCAAGAACCGUCGGGUCUGGAUGCACUAGCGAGUGCAGCAGUUUUAGGAGACACUUUAGACGACUCAGAGGUUGCGACGACGACGAGACAUCCGAGGCACAGGGUUGGAUGCUCAUGCAUUGUGUGCAUUCAGCCGCCAAGCGGGAAAGGUAGGCACAAGCCCACGUGCGGGUGUACGGUGUGCAGCACCGUGAAGAGAAGGUUCAAAACGCUGAUGAUGAGGAGGAAGAAGAAGCAGUUAGAGCGAGAUGGAACAGCAGCAGUAGAUGAGGAGAACAAGGAAGGGGCGGAGCCUGAUAAGAAGAAGGAAGGGAAAACAGGGAGGAUAGAUCUGAACAGUGAUCCUUAUAACAGAGAAGACGUUGAAGCUGUUGUGGCGGUGGAGAAACAAGAAGAGAGUAAAAAAAGUGAAGAAGGGAUGUGUUGGGGUGCGGCUCAAGGCGGUGAUGUUUUAGGAGAAACGGAGUUAGAAGGAGGAGGAGAGGCUGAGAAAACCACCAGUGAAGAGCAGAAAGUUGCAAGCUGAUAUGAAGAAGACAAAAAGAAAGAAGCUAAACUCGUGUAGCUACUUUGUAUUCAUAUAUAUGUGUUCUAUAAGGAAGGAGAAGAAGAGAGUGAGAGAGAGGUGCAGUUUUGUGUUCGGUUAUGUCAUCAUAGUUUUAGGCGGAAAUAAGCUUCUGGAAGAACAAUGGCGAUCUUCUGCUUUUGUGUUUUUUUUUUUAUGGCCUGUGGUGAGAGUUUGCGGGUGGGUUUUAGUUUUGAAUCCAUUUAUCUCAAGGCAAAGAUGGAGCUUCUGUGUUUGGUGAUUGUUGUUGUUUUGAUCCUCACAUGGGAAGCAUCAAUUAGGUUCAAAUUAAAGAUUCCUUUUCUU